AUGUCGGCCGGGAAAGCCUUCCAAAAAGGUCACGUUCGGGACGGUGAACUCGUGUUCGACAAGAACUUUGAGCUUCUCGAUAAUAAGAAGAAGAUUUCAAAGAUUUCGCUGGCACAGUAUUUUGCGAAUUCUGCACCAAAGUCUCUAUCAAGGACGACUAGCCAAGGCGGCUCAGUUUCAUUUGCAAACCCCCAAAUUCUCCCUUACCAGUAUCAUCAUCUGGGUGUUGGACAUCAACCAAAUCAGUCGUUCGCUCCUUCUCCAGGCUACGGUUUUGAUCUGCUGCCUGGCAGGGAAAGCUUUCGUGGGCCUUCGGUAUCUGAACCAAACAGGUAUCAUCAGGCAGUCAACAGUCAUAUAGUUCCAUCACAACAUCCGGAAAACUUACAGGAUGAUCUAUCAGAAGCAAUGGACACAGGUUCGGACAUGGAUGACGAAUUUUCGGAAAACAUGGACAUGAGCUCUGGGCCGGAAGCGGACGGCAGUACUGAUGGACGAAUACUAACGGAAAACAUGGGCGGUACUGCUUCGAAGGCCGUAAGCGUGAGCUCCGGACCAGAGGUUGACGACGAAAUUUAUGAUACUUUUCCAUCCAAGGCAGUAGUCAUGCUGUCUCCAACGGCAAUCAGGCCAGUCUUUGAACUGGAAGCCGAUGGUGCUGAUUCUCGCUCUGAUGAUGUUUCGGAAACCCCAAGGAUGAGCAGUACUCCUUCGAGAGUUUCAGGGCCGUCUUCUCUCACAUCCACAGGACCCUCCAACUUAAGGGAAUCAAUAGAAGAGACUAAUCUUCCGUUUGAUAUGCUAAAGGCUGUGUCUCCUUCUUCCAGUCUCUCAUCCCUACCAACUCCAGCAAAAUCCACAACCCCACAGAACUUGAAAGUUCAGACGGCAUUAGAAACUCCACCAGCGAUGAAACCUCCAAAGGCAAUCCCAAAACCGGCACAGCGCCGAACUGUACCAAAAGGGAGAAUGCUUCGCUUCGCGGAUCUUUCUCCCAGAACUUCUAUACCCACUAAUCUACCGCCUACUAUCCUAGCUCAACAAGGCGUUCAUGCUGCGUACUCAUCGAGACUUAACCCAUUCGCGUUGCAUCCGGACGAAUACCAGCUCCUUCGAAAUCAUAUCUGUCACCUUCAUGUGUCUGCGUAUUUGAACAUACGAAACCGUAUAUUGCGGCUGUGGGUAAGGAAUCCACUGGUCAGUGUGACUGCAGAGGAGGCCGCUGGUUGUGCUCUCGCCUCACGGUGGCUAGGCUUGGCGGAUGUUGCGUAUGAGUGGCUUGUAAGGAAAGGUUACAUCAACUUCGGAUGUGUUGAACCACCCGAAGCGUCGAACAUUCGUGUCAAGAGAUACGUAUCCAAACGAUAUAAACGAAAGACAGUUGUUGUGAUUGGAGCAGGUAUGUCUGGCUUGGGAUGCGCAAGGCAGUUGGAAGGCCUUUUUGGCCAUUACCGCGAUAGAUGGACCUCAAUAGGCGAAGAACCGCCAAAUGUGGUACUGCUUGAAGGCCGCAACAGAGUUGGUGGAAGAGUGUAUUCGCAUCCUCUCAAGGGGCAAAAGGCUAGCGGCAUACCUGAGCAAAACAGGAGCACCGCAGAAAUGGGCGCACAUAUAAUUAUUGGAUUCGAUCACGGCAAUCCCAUGAGCAUGAUAGUGAGAGGCCAAUUGGCUCUACAUUACUAUGCUUUGAAAGACAACUCUACGCUACACGAUAUAGAUGGCAAUGUCGUGAAUGAAGAAAGAGACCAAAUGGCGGAGAAGCUUUACAACGAUGUUCUCGACCGAGCGAGCGUUUACCGUCAUAGGAUGCCUCCUCCAGUGACAGUCGAAGGGGACAAAGAAAUGAUCGAGGCGGGACGAGACCCAAACCGAGAGGGUGGUCCGCCAAUCAGUUCAAUUGAAGAAGAGCUGCUCACAGCAAGCGACAACAACCAUGCAACAGAGAAUGUUCCUGCUGGGAUGGACAAGCUCACAGGAAAAGCACAUUUGAUACCAGGCCCACGCAAAAAGGAACCCCCUGCCCAAGCUGCUGAAGCUAUGGGCUGGAAGUUAGCUUCGAAUGUGCUAGCGUACAACGAUCUCAAUUUGGAUGUCGUUGCCAAAGCUUCGAAAUAUCCUACAUUAGGCGCAGCCAUGGAUGAGGCGGUGAAACAGUAUCAGUUUCUGCUUGAUCUUUCCCCACAAGAUCUGCGCCUCAUCAAUUGGCAUUACGCCAACCUUGAGUAUGCGAAUGCGGCCAACGUUGGCAAACUCAGUCUUGGAGGCUGGGAUCAAGACGCUGGCAACGAGUUUGAAGGAGUCCACGCACAAGUCAUCGGUGGCUAUCAGCAGGUUCCUCGUGGUAUUUUGCUUUCUCCAACGAAACUCGAUCUUCGCACCCGGAAAAUUGUGAAGCACAUUGAGUAUAACGCAGACAAUCAUUUUUCAAGUGGAAUUACGAAAGUAUCAUGCGAGAAUGGAGACAGUUUCGAUGCAGACCAUGUCGUCCUGACGACUCCUUUGGGCGUAUUGAAGGAUGGAAAUGUCAAAUUUGAUCCACCACUACCUGAUUGGAAGAUCGGGCCAAUACAGCGCUUGGGGUUUGGAACCUUAAACAAAGUCAUCCUUGUCUACGAUAAGCCAUUCUGGAAAGUGGAUCAAGAUAUGUUCGGUCUCCUUCGAGAACCCGAAGUGCAUGAUAGUCUGGAUCAAGAGGACUACAUUGCCAACAGAGGACGCUUCUAUUUCUUCUGGAAUUGCAUCAAGACUACUGGUCGCCCAGUCCUCAUCUCGCUCAUGGCAGGCGAUGCUGCUCAUCAAGCCGAAAGUUCAAGUGAUGCAGAGCUAGUCGCUGAGGUUACCCAGGAACUAGCAAAAAUAUUCAAGCAGACAAUGGUACCGCAGCCCAUAGAAACAAUCGUCACUCGCUGGGGCAAAGACCGCUUUGCUCGCGGUAGCUACUCGUACGUCGGCGCCACAUCCUUGCCCGGAGACUACGAGGCUAUGGCAGCACCAAUAGGCACUUUGCAUUUCGCGGGUGAGGCUACCUGUGCCACCCAUCCGGCCACCGUGCAUGGUGCAUACAUAUCAGGCUUGCGGGCUGCUUCCGAAAUCAUCGAUGACCUGCUAGGACCCAUCGAGGUUCCUAGCCCACUGGUUCCAUGGCCCGCGGAGACAGACGUAGUAACAGCUGAACCUCCUCAGCAGUAUCGACCUAAGGAUCCAGCAACUAGAGUACCGGACCCAGCGCCCAGUGAAGCGGAAGAUGUCAAACAAGCGCGCCUUGAGGCCUUCGAAAGCGACAUUCUACAAGCGAUAUUGAACGAGCUCGGCUUCCGUCCAUCACCACCAGGAAAGCCUGGAUCGAACCCAUUCCUAUUGUUCACGAAAGACAACUGGGCCGAAGUGAAGAAAGUUUGCGAUGAAGCGCAUCUGCUACGAUCAGGAGAUCCAAACAAGAAAGCUGAACGGAAUGAAAUACGCGCAAUGGUAGGUCAGAUAUGGCGAGAAGCAAGCGACGAGGCCAAGAGACCGUACUUUGAACAAACGGAAAGCAAUAGGAAGGCGAAUCUGGAGGAGGCAGCGACUUUCGAAGCGCGGUUGGCAUCGUGGGAUGAAAAGGCGAUGGAAGUGCGGAAGCAAUACGUACAACGGCAUCCAGGUGUGCUGUCCGACAAGGAAGAGCAGGCUAUGUGGAGAACGUUGGGCGUUCAUGGGGAUUUCGGCGAUGACCAGGAGAGGAGAGGGAAGAAGAUGUCAGGAUACGCCGAAGACUCGGAUUCCAAUGUUGACAUAUGA